AAUGAGGCCAACUGCUAGAACUACGUCGUAUUGGUGGCGGGUGUACUAUGCUCAUAGUGGGCCGGUCGUAUGGUAUACUAACUGCCCGGUAAUAGCUGACAUGGAUGCCUGUGUGGCACUAAUUUUUUUCUUUUUUUCCAUUUCCUUCCCCUCACUCCCUUCCUUCUCCCUGGUUGUUCGAUUGGUUCAGUUUCUUUCUUCCUUUCUUUUUCCCAGUUCAGUUUCUUCUUGGCUCUCCGUCUAUCUCACCAAUUUCACCAAUUGCCACCCUUUUCUUUCCUUCCCUUUCUCCCCUUUUUUCUCCUCCGAUUUUCUUUUCUUCUUUGGGAUCUAAAACUUCGGUCUUCCUCUCUUCUCUAUUGAUUCUCUUUCUCUUAUUUGGUGGUACCAAAGACCCCUGUCUCUCUCUAUCUAUCUAUCUAUCUGGGCUUCGGAUUCGUGAUUUGUCGAUGAAAAGCGACAUUGUGGCGAGGGAAUGAGCAGUGUGGAGCUUAACGACCCUGUUGCCGGCGUUUGUUGCCGGAGUCCUGAAGUUGCACAGCUGCACGUUGAUGUCGCCUAUCAGGAAGAUGAGGGAGGGGAGCAAGAGUUAUACUACGGUAUAAUACUCCACACUAAGUACGAAUCAAAAGAGAAGAACAAAAAAUGUAAAAGAAAAACAAAGAAGAAACUAGAGCACGCAGGUCUGAAGUUUGGGAGGAAGAAGUUUGGACGAAGAAAGGGGAAGGAAAAGAAGAAAAAGACAGAUAAAUAAAAAGGAAAAAGAAAAAUGUAAGUGGAUGCCACAUGCAUUUUGAACUGGUAACAGGUAAUUUACCCAGCUAAAAGUGAGAUUUGAGCAUUUUUUAAAAGUUGGAGGUUUUAAUUGAAUGAUUUAAUAGUACGAUAACUUAAUUGACUUUUUUAGUAUAGUACGGGGACUUAUUAAAUAGUUUUCCCUACUUUAUUUUCUUUUCUGGACCAGUUAACU